CGUCCGUAGACAUCUUUACGAGUCACGACUGCAGGGAUUAAUUCAUACCUCCUCUUCUGUGAUUUCCAGGCCCUCCCGGGAUCUUUUGACAGCUGCAACCAUGGCGCUCAGCGAUGCCGAUGUUCAGAAGCAGAUCAAGCACAUGAUGGCCUUCAUCGAGCAGGAGGCCAACGAGAAGGCAGAGGAGAUCGAUGCAAAGGCCGAAGAAGAGUUCAACAUCGAGAAGGGCCGCCUGGUCCAAACCCAGAGGCUGAAGAUAAUGGAGUACUACGAGAAGAAAGAGAAGCAGAUUGAGCAGCAGAAGAAAAUUCAAAUGUCCAACCUGAUGAACCAGGCUCGACUGAAGGUACUGAAGGCCCGCGAUGACAUGAUCUCGGAAAUGCUGAAUGAGGCCCGCCAACGGCUCGGUAAUGUCGCAAAAGACCCAGCAAAGUAUCCAGCUCUGUUGGACGGCUUGAUUUUACAGGGAUUCUAUCAGCUCCUGGAGCCCAAAGUGACUAUCCGCUGCCGUAAACAGGACAUACAGUUCGUACAGGCAUCCAUCCAGAGGAAUAUUCCCAUAUAUAAGGCAGCUGUGAAGGACAAUCUGGAGGUCCGCAUCGACCAGGACAACUUCCUCUCCCCAGACAUUUCUGGAGGUAUUGAGAUCUAUAACGGUAAUGGGAAGAUCAAGGUGGCCAACACCCUGGAGAGCAGACUGGACCUCAUGGCUCAGCAGAUGAUGCCUGAAGUCCGAGUGUCUCUCUUCGGUGCCAACCCAAACCGCAAGUUUUUGGAUUGAGAAGCCACACUGUAUUAGAGAAGAAAGCUCCUUUUUAUUUUUUAUUUUGUCAUAUGAAAGACGUCAUUCCUCUGUCUGUGAAAUGAAUCUUUAAUGCAAAAGAGACGCAUUGUUGUUGUGUGAUGUAUUGCUGUAUUUUUCUGUGCAUUAAGGGACACCAUCGACCCUGCAACUCCCAACAUUACAGAUGUUCAUCGUGGAUAAUGCACAAGUUGUAAUGACUCGUUUACUCUGCUGCUCCCCACCCCGCCCCCCGAGGGUCUCAGUUUACACCGAUUAGUCAGGGACGACAGAAUUGGGUGAUUUGCUGGAUGUUUAACAGGUUGCUCUCUAAUUGGAUAAGUCGUUAAUGACAAACAAAGCAUCCGUGUCACAGUUUCCCCCCGGUUUCCUUAACCUCCACCUCACGUUAUAGGUUGCAUGGGGAUUUGUUUUGCUAAUGGAUGUCUGCUCCAACCAAUCACAGAGAAAAACAAUAGUAUCUUAGAGACAAAACUGAGGACCGUACAUGACCUCAACAGAGUUAAUUUAUUGAUGUUGCAUCGACUGUACAUUACUCUUCUGUCAUGAAUUAAAGUGGGCGAUAUCAUUCCAGAGGAUGCACUGUAUGUAUAUGAGGUUUCCAGAUUAAAUUAUGUAUGUGUGGUUGUUGUUUUGUUUUGUGUUUUUUUUCUUUUCUUUUCUUUUUUUGAUUGUGUCUCCAACUGAAAAUGUUAUAUUGUGGAAAAUGUAAAACAUAAUAAAAUAUAAAUCAUUAGUAUCA